UGUCACGUCAUUGACGUGCGCAGCGUAUGAUUGAAUAUUCUCGCGAACGCAACCAGCGGGCAAAUCACGGAUGUGGGCCGUGAAAUAUAGUUUUGUUGUUGUUUUUUGUUUUUUUAAAUGCGUGUAUUCAUUUAGUUACAUUUAAAAGUCGUCUUCUUAAAUCUGAGAUUUACUUCACUUUGCGUUCUGAACCCUGGUAUGUAGCUGGGGUUGACAGCGACGAAAAAUAAAAAGCAAGCAUUUUCUUCACGUCUCCAUUGUUGGAAUCAUGACGACCUUAACAAGGCAAGAUCUCAAUUUUGGACAAGUGGUUGCUGACAUUUUGUGCGAGUUCCUGGAAGUUGCCAUUCAUCUCAUCCUGUACGUCCGUGAAGUUUAUCCCUCGGGAAUAUUUCAGAAGAGAAAGAAGUACAACGUACCUGUGCAGAUGUCUUGUCACCCUGAGCUCAACCAGUACAUCCAAGAUACACUUCAUUGUAUAAAGCCGCUUAUUGAAAAGAAUGAUGCCGAGAAGGUGGUUGUCGUCAUCAUGGACAAGGAGCAUCAUCCAGUUGAGAGAUUUGUGUUUGAGAUAUCUCAACCGCCACUGCUCUCGAUCAGCUCAGACACUUUACUGUCUCAUGUGGAGCAGCUGCUGAGGGCAUUCAUUCUUAAGAUCAGUGUGUGUGACGCUAUUUUGAACAAUAAUCCACAAGACUGUUCAUUCACAGUAUUAGUUCAUACGAGAAAUUCUGCCACACGCAACAUGGAGAAGGUUCAAGUCAUCAAGGAUUUCCCAUGGAUAGUUGCUGAUGAGCAGGAGGUCUACAUGCAGGAGCCCAGACUCAUCCCACUGAAGACCUUGACGUCCGACAUAGUGAAGAUGCAGCUGUAUGUGGAGGAACGAGCCCAGAAGAUGUAGCAGGAAUGAGCGACACACAAGGCCAAGUUGAUGGUACAGGCGUGAAGAAUGAAACGUUCCACGAGCAAGUACUGUAUAUCAUAUCUUUAAGUCACCAGUAAGCUUGGACAUGGACUAGAUUACAUUUGCAACACCAAUAUUUCUCAUGUUUUUGUCACAUGAUAGUCUUUUUUUAAAUCGUUGAAACUUCAAAUUCACCAAUUGUUUAUUUAAAUUUCCAAUGCCACAGUGGCACAAUAUUCAUACUCAAUGGAUGAACCCUCGGAGUCUUGACAGUUGCGAAAUCAGGAGCAAAAUGUUUCUUUGUCAAUAAAUCAGUGGAAAUGUCAGAUGUAUUCAUUCAUGAUUGAAUUGCUUUGUGAUUGUCCCUUUUCUGUGGCAAACUGAAAAUGACAAUUGCGAUAGAUUAUCCAAAAAGGCCUUUUCAACUAUUGCGGGUUCCAUCAGCAUUUAUGCACGUAGUAUCCUGUCACGUAUCCUAUGAUGUAGACGGACACCAGUGCGGCCAGAGCCGCGGCAGCCUUGACUGCGAUGCCAGUGUUGCCGGUGCACAUUCUGUUGUAGAGCCUGAAUGUAACACAACAAAGAACAUUAUCUUAACGCUGACUCUCUGCAUCCAUAACACGUAUAGCGUAAUCAUAGGAGUAUGAUUUCAAACUGCACACGCAAACCGCUAACUCCUCGUCGCUCAUGCUUGCACACACGCACAACACUGAAAAAAGCUCUGGGGCGCUCAGAAAGUGGAAACCAAAAAGUACGAGGAAGUGGUUUAAAACAAUUCAACUCUUCCGUAGCUCAGUAGUAGCUCAUCAGUCCGCGGAUCGCGCGACAAACUUUUAUGGAGCAUCUUCCGCGAGUCCUAUCAACCCAUUGGGAAUUGGGACAAAAACAGGGAAUAGAAACCUACCGAAAUUAAACCACCGUCCCGUGGUGCCUUGACUUACGAGUCUAAUUCGUUCCGUGACCAUGCUCGUAACUCAAAACAGUCAGAUCUCAUUCAAAUGAAUUGAAAUGCCAUUAAUCCAUUCCACUUAUGCUCAUUCUUGUAUGCGUGCCUUGGCCACAGGGGGGCAGUAUACUACAGUCAUACAGACACAAACGGAAGAGUUUCACAACUAAAUGCCUCAGUAAGCUGCAGUAAUAUUUGUCGUUUUUUGGCAUUAAGCUAGCGGAUAUUCAAAGUGAUGUGGUUGUUUUAAAGUUUAAUUCUCUUUGUUUUCCGUUGAGUUUGACAGUAAAGUUCGACUGUGAGUGACAAUCGCGAAUAUUUCACCAUGUGCCAAAAUGCUGCCACCAUCUAGUGCUCGUAUCUCCAUUUAUUUUGCUCACACUUCAUAGCAAAAAAAUCGAGCAACGACUGGUAAUUCGAAAAAGUCGUAAGUCAAGGUACCAUUGCAACCGGAGUGGUUAAAAUGGGCUCAAAAGAGCUUUAUUUUGCUUGUCAUCCCCUUGCCUACUGGCAUCGUCUCCAACUACAAAACCCGAUUCCAGUGAAGUUGGGAUGGUGUGUAGCACAAACAAAAACAAGAAUACAAUGAUUUCCAAAUCCUUUUCAGUCAUUUAAUGUUAAAACUGAUAAACUUGAGGUUUUUUUGUAAAUAAUCACUCAUUUUGAAUUGGAUGCCUUCAGCACAUUUAUAAAAAAAAAAAAAAAAAAAAAAAAAAAAAAAAGCUGGGACGGGCAACUUUACCUUCACCUUUCCAUUUAACAAGAAUAAGGGUUUGGGAACUGAGAACACUAGUUUUUGAAGUUUCGUAGGUCGAUUUCUUUCCCAUUUUUGCUUGAUCAUGUAAAACUCCAGUUGCUAAACAGUUCUGGGUCUUUUAUUUGUAUUUUGUGCUUCAUAAUGCGCCUCGCAUAUUUUCAAUGGGAGACAGGCCUGGACUGCUGGCAGGCCAGUGUAGUACUGGCACACUUUUACUACCAAGCCACGCUGUUGGAACACAUCCAGAAUGUGGCUUCGCAUUGUCUUGGGCGUCCCUGAAAAAGAUGUUGCUUGGAUGGCAGCAUACACUAUGUUGUACACAUUCCUCAACUUUCCCAGUCUUUUGUUGCCCCCGUCCCAGCUUUUUUGGAACCUGUCACAGACAUCAAAUUCAA